AUGAUUAAUAAUACUAAUAAAUUAAUUAAAAUAAUUAAUUUAAUUAUUUAUUUAAUUUUAUCAAAGUCUAUUAAAGUAUUUAGUGUAUCUUUAGACUUGUCAACAAUGGGUUGUGAUGGAAAUUGUAUUCAAGAAAUGGGAAAAUUAAUUGAAGUAACCCCAACUUCUUCAAUAUUAUAUAGUAAUGAACAAGCAUUUAUGAGCAAAUUCUUUAAAAAUGUUUGCAAUUCAUAUCGUGAAGUAGAUGAAUGUUUAUUACGUUGUGAGUCUAAAAGUAAACAAGUUGCUGAUCUUAAAACAGCUUAUGCUGGGUUACAAUUUGUCUGUAAACAAAGAAAAGAAGGGGUUAAACAUUGUUCUAUUCAAAUUAAUCGUUCACAAGAAACAACAAUUUUAUUUACAAAUGCAAUUAUUUCUCGUGAAUUUCAUUCAAUGCAAAUGCGUUUUAGUGCUCUCUGCAGGGAUCUUUCUUCUGUCAUUCGUUGCAUGUAA